GAAGCUGUCGCAAGUACAAUGAGGCUGUAGGAACUCGAGCUUAUUGUUUUGGAUCUUUGUAUACGUCCUGCCACGACAGGAUUGGUGGCAUCAUAGUGCAUGAGGUCACCCGUUGUCCGUUCGGCUGGAGCUGCUGCGACUGCGGACCAGGGACCGAGGCGUGGGGUGCGACAAGCCACAGUCGCGACUUGAGCAUGUUGCUAGCCAGAUCACGACGUGCAGAUACACCUGCAACGAGAAAUAUCUACUCUGUGCCAUGCCCAAGUGAGAACACAACAUACGCUAGCAACACCUGGCAGCUUGAUGCUUUGCGCCAAUCUAAAACACCAGCUCCAGGGCAUUCGGGGCGGCAUUGGCCCGCUGGGUAGCUGCGAUAGACGCCCGUAAUACAAUACUGCAGUAGUACUCAACCUCCAAGGCGGAUUCCCUCCAAUCUCCUGUAACGAUGCAGCGCAUCAGCUCCGAUGGCUCGUCGGUACUCACUCACCAGACGUCGAGGACAUCGAUACGCGCACCCCAGUUCACCCUAGAGAAGUUCACUAGCAAAGAUUUCCUAGUAAAAGACUUCAUCGAAGACCUCUCCCAGAUCGCCGUACCUGCGACUCGAAGAUCUGGCGGCGCCGGUGGCCAGCAGACAUUCGACCCGAAACCACUCAUCCGCACGUUCGAACAUGCCCUCACACGACUCAACAGUCUCUCCGAGGACCUGGAAGAGAAGGAGUCUGAGCUGUCAACAGCUGUACGCCGAGCAGAGCUACAACACAACCAGAAUGUCGAGUCGCUAGGAAGGAGACUGGAGGCGGCCAUGGACAGGUUCCAACGGCUAGACAGUUCGCUCAAUGGUAGUGACGAGGGAGGGUCAGACACUGGAGGCAACGUUGCCAUGCGCAUCGGUGAGCGACUCGAAGAGCUCGAUCGCCAACGCAAGAGAGCCCUGGACGCAAAGUUCUUGAUUGAAUGCUGGCAAGAAGUCAGCGAACGCGGCGAACUCAUGAUCCUCGAGGACCAACGGAAGAACGGCGACAUAGUACGAUGCGCCGAGAUUGCACGCCAGCUGCUGCGCAUCAGCACACGUCUCGACCCCGAGGGCAGCCAGCGAGUCAACGGAGACGCACCGAACGGCAUGAAGAGGAGAACGGUACAUCAGUCAAGACACAACACGAAGGAGGUCAUUGAGAAGUUCUUGGAGAAUCUUGAGCAGGAUCUCCUCAGCAAGUUUCAGGAAUGCUACGCGCGUCCAAACUACCCUGGCAUGCGCGACUGUGCCAUCGCGCUGAAGGGCUUCAACGACGGGGCUAGUGUCAUCGGAACCUAUGUCAACCAGCAUUCUUUCUUCAUUGACCGCAUGCAGUUGAAUGGAGAAGAGUUGGCGACGGAUGUGGAAACUUGGGAUCGCCUCCAAGAUCCUGAUGCGGAACCACCGGGUGUUGAGCCUACGCUGCAAUCUCUCAUUGAUGAAGUCAAGAUCGUCGUCCAGGAUGAAUCUGCCAUCAUAAAACGAGCCUUCCCUUACUACGAGGAGGUGCUGAUCAAGUUCCUGGAGCGCAUCUUCCAGCAGUCAAUACAAAGUCGGCUGGAGAUGGUGCUUGACAAAGCAGGAGAGCUAUCAUCACUCGCCUUUCUGCGCUCGUUGCAAGCCUCUAGGAGCUAUAUCACACAAUUGGUAGAUGAUCUAAAAUCCCAUGGGUUGACAGAGCACCCAGAGCCUGCUACAUCUGCGGUCGCUGCUACCCUUGACCAGCAGUUGGAGGAGCUUUUCUCGUCUUACUUCAUUGGAGAGAAGUAUAUUGAGCGAGAAAAGAAGAACUUGGAGGAACUAUACUCCUCGCUACUACUCAAGUUCACCAUCUACCACUCGCGGCGCAGCAAGAUGCCUACAUCGUACUUUGGAUCGCUGGCUCAGCGAGGCAAGGAGAUGGCUGCAUCCGCUCGUGACAAGUACAUGGAGCGCUUGGAAAACACAGAAUUGCCCGCUAGUCAGAAGGCGACCCUGCUCCGCAUUGCUGGCCUGAAGGAAGAUCAGCAGGAGAAGAAGGAUAUUGAAGUGACGGAUGAGGAUGGCAAGCUAUCGCUACCAGUCGCCAAGCGUAUGCUCAAGUGGCUGGCAGAAGGUGUCGGACGUGGACUCGAGCUGUCGCCUGGUAACGAGACACCGAAGGAUGUGCAAAUAUUGCUUAAUCUUCUACUACGACAGAUGGGCGAAAUCUACUUGGAGACGGCGUUGGACGCCGCACAAGAUCAUGCCGUUUCGCAGGAGAACUCCAAGACACCCCCUGAUCUCACCCACCUCCCAUCCCUACACGCCAUUACCACAAUCCUACAUCUUCUUCAACAAACCACGACAACCAUUAUCCUCCCUCUAUGUACACCCAAUCUGACUAUUCGUCGGGAGAUCGAAAAGUCUACCAACAACACAACGUCGACUCUUGAAUCGAAACUGUCCAACAUACUCAAUCUCACAUUGACAGCAUCGCUCAAUUGGGUGAGCAGAUGUCUAUCUCAACAAAAGAAGACCGAUUUCCGACCCAAGGAAGAAGACCUUAUGGUAACAAGUGAAACGCAAGCCUGCCGCGACGUCUCCGCAUUCCUGACUCGUGUUGCCUCACAAGCUUCUGCCGCGCUCUCUGGUCGCAACCUCUCCUUGUUCCUCGCUGAGCUUGCUCGCGGUUUGCGGUCCCUCGUUCUGGCACACCUACUGAAAUUUUCCAUUUCACAAGUCGGCGGUCUUAGUGUUUCCAAGGACAUGAACCGCUAUGUUGAGCUAGUGAGAGGAUGGCCCACAGGUGACGAGCUGGAGCCUGGAGCGAUGGAUGUUCUGACGGAUGUCAGUACGCUAUUCAUUAUUGGACCUGAGGCGCUGAGGGAUAGGCUUAGGGCUGCGGGUGGACAAGAUGCGCAGGAAUUGAAGGGUUUCAUUGCUAAAAGAGACGACGUUGGAACUGUCGGGGUGCAGAGCGUGCUUAGUGGCUUGUAGGGACUUUACAUUCUUAGGUAGUUCGCAUGAUUGUAUCAAGCUAAGUGUGCUACAAUUGUAUCCUCCCAGGGUUUUAUCUAGCAAUAUCUCAGCUUUGCGCCUGGUUUCGCGAAAUCGUUGCACAUAUGACUUUCUAGCGACUUUGAUGGUGGUAUACACAGACGACAAACAAUUACAUAUAUAUGGGACGCAAGCGUUG